AUGCUUGGAAAUAGCACCUGGCUUGAUUGUGUGGUCUUUUCCCCUGGGUUCGAGUCUUGGCUCUACUGUGAAUUGUCUGUGUGCACAAGAGCAAACUAUUUAGCAUUUCUGUGCCUAAGUGCUCCUGUCAGGAAAAUGCAAGGGAACAAAUGCUACCAAGUUCAUCCAGUUAUCUUAAGACGCUAGAUAUACAAGUGCUUUGAAAAGCACUCCUACGUGAGAGCAAGGAGUUAUUAACGGGUUGUGUUCCUCUUUUGUCUGAGGGAUUAUGAGGUGGGAAGGAGAGGAAAGGGAGUCUACAUAGAAUUUUAAAAUAAAUCCACCUUUUUUCCCCCAAAAGUAAACAGUGAUCUUUAAAACUUUGGAAAGAGUUUCAUUAGCUCUAUUCAGAAUUUUUUUUAAUUAAUUUAUUUUUUUUUAAUUUUUUAAAUUUUUAAUUGUAAAAUCCUGCCCGAAGCUAUCAGUUUGCACACUGCAUGGUCGUCACCAUCCCCAUGGCCAACCACACCCCCAGCCGGGCUCCCACCCCGGGAGCUGCGCAAAUGAGCAUGAGCCCUGUGCCCUGAGGAGGCGGACAGCAAGCCAGUUUGAGGACCUGGCAAGCACAGCUGCAGAGACCCAGGACAGCCGAGAAGAGGAGGCAAAGGAGGGAUCAGAGCAGUAAAAUACAAUUAAUGUCAGUGUGUAGAGCCCACACGCGUACAAACCCAAGGCAGGCUGCCCUUCCCUGCCACUGUCUGCAUAUUUUCCCUGCUGCCCUCUGGUUCACUGAAACCAGCAGUCACCUGGAUGAAAAUACAGGGGAAGGUCUUUUUCUUCUCUACCUCCCUGCUCUAGUACUGUGUUUUUCCCAAGACACACUCUUCCACAAGAAUGACCCUCAUCUUUUUCCUUUUCAGAGUGUUUCCUCUGUUCUCUCAUGCUCUCCUCAUCUUAAAUGUAUAUAUAUGUGUGUGUGUGUUUUACUGGGCUACUACAGUAUGACAUACCCACUCCCAUUUCCCAGUCCCAUGUUAAGAAGAAAUGCAAGGAAAAGUUCGUCCACUGAGAACUUCAUCUUUUUGCUCCCUUGGGAGUGCUUCCACCAAGCCCUGAGAGUACUCCAAGCGGGAAGUCCCCUGGGCAAGGACAAUGCCAGAGCCGAUGCCUGGAGUUGAAAAGAAGCCACCAGCGUGCGGAUAGUUUUCACAAACAGCACACAGUUCCGUAGUCACUAUUUCCCACUGAAGGUGGUAUUGCCUAAUUUCCUGCAAGGUUACAACGGGUGUUAAUAAGUUAUCAAAAACUAUAACAAUUUGAGAGCUAAAGGAAUCAUUUAAUCCACUUAGCCAAUGAAAAAAAUUAUACUCAAAGGAAGGUAAAGACUUAAUGAGUUACACUGUUAACAUGUGGCAGAGGUAAACUACAACCCUGUAUUUUAAUUUAUAGAAAUGACCAUUAUGAGGGUUGCAACUGAAAGCUCUAGAAAUUCUUUAAGCACAUAAAGCUCAUCUGCUGAUGAAACUAAAGUAUUUUGAUAAGAAUCAUCUGUCUUGAAGACAAGAUGAGUAAGGAGAUAGAAGCCCUAGAGUAAGACAUAUUUUGUCUGUGAAGGUUCUAUGACUUAGCAGCAAAAACAAAACAAUUUUUUUAAACCCUGUACUUAAAUAAGUAAUGGUGAGAUUAGGUAAGUAUCAGAUACUUUAUAGAAGGAUGCUAUAUAUGGCUCUAGCAUCAACCUUUGUUAAUAAUGAAAUUCUUUCAUUAUGAUUGCAUAAUUGCCUACAUUCGUCCUACCUUAAAUUCAUUUUUCUUUCCUUUCAUACCUUUUUGAAGUCAAAAUCUCAAGUAGUGGCAAAAAGUGGAAGGAUAGGGAAAGAAAGAAGGAAACAGAUAUUAAGUGAAAAUCUAUGUACCAGAUGCUGUAGGAAAUGUUUUCACUUUUGUCAUUUCACUUAAUCUUCAUAAUAAUCCUGAGAUUACUGGAUGUAAUAAUACUGUAUUUUUACAAAAGUGGAAACUGACCUGGGAGUUGUAGAACUGAGAUUUAGACUUAGAUCUGUUUGAUGCCAGAGCCACUCUCCUUCUAAUUCACCCGGCACAACUGCAGAAUCCAGGGCAUGAAAAUGAUGAGCAAGAAGAAAAUAAAAUCUUUAAAGUAAACAUAUUAUUAUUAAAGUUUUUCAGUAAAAUGAGAAUGAAAUCUUAAAGAUUUGAGUAUAGGAUUUAGUGUAGUAGCAUUAUUGUAUCUCAUAUUAUGAAGACUUGGAAAUUCUAUUUUCGAAUCACUUAGCUGCUCUAAGCCUGCUUCUUUUUAGUGAAACACUUGAGGCUUACAGAAAGGUAUAAAGAAAAAAAUAAACUCCCAUUUAUACAUGACCCAGCCAGAGAAAUAAAGCAUUAAUUAUAACGGAUCACACAUGUACUUUCUUCAAUCCCGUUUUACUUCCCUUCUUCUUCAGAGUAAUAGCUAACCUGACUUUGAUAUCCAAAGCUCCUUUAUUUUUAAUUCUGAAAUUAUUGAAAGGUUGAAAAAAAUUAACGUUUUCUAGCCUGCAUUGAGCAUUAAUUAUCCCUGUAUCCACCAAGCUAGUUCAACUCUUUAAAUAUAAACUGAACUCUACGUCACAUUUUAUUUAAUAGGUAUUGACAUUUAUCGAGUCCCCAAUCUACGCACAUCUUUCAAACUAAAAGAAAAACAAAUUCUAUAUUCCAACGUGGAGAGGUAGCACGUUAGUAAAUGAACUAAAUGUAGAACAGUGUGUUCUCCCUGGGCAGUAUGCUGAAGCUGAAGGGAUCCUGUAAGAGAAGAGAAGAAAGAUCUGUACGUUCACCUGGGAGAGGACAACAGAAAGUCCCCUCGAGAACUGGGCUCUGCUCUCUUACUGCCUCUAGGAAAUGAAGGGGGCUCUGCCAUCCUGUGGACUCCUUGCUCCCAAAGAUAGGGUUAGCCAGCUCCAGCCAGCUCCCCUGGGAUAAUUUCAUUUAUAAGCUUGUUCUUAGAAGCAAAUUUGGGGAAACAGAGAAGGUUUCUUUGUUGAGUGUUUUUUUUUUUUUUCAGUUAUAUUGCCUUAAUUGGCAACUAAUAUCGAAGCAGGAUUUACAAAUGUGUUUAACUUCAACAUCACAAGGUUUAGUGGGCAAAGCAUUGUUCUACUAGUCUAUUAGCAUCCUAGUCCCUAUUUGCCACUAACUAGUGACAUGAGCUGGAGCCAUCCUUUCAGCUCUCUGGGCCUCCCUCUUCUGCUAGAAAAUGAGACACUUGGUCUAGAAGACCUGUGAUCUCAGUCCACAUUUUUAAAUUCAAGUUACAUUUGCCAGAGUACUACUAAUUAGAGCAAUUUUCAAGAGUUGAAAGGUCUGGGACUCACUUUACAAAAUGCCUCCUAAAAGUAGACGUUUUUCAAAUAUUAUCUAAUUUGCUCUUUAAAACUCUAGAGGCAUUUUACAGUUGAAGAAACUGAGAUUUAGUGAAUGAGGUUAAGUAACUUGCCCAAGGACACACAGCUAGUAUAUGGUGACACAGUGGGUAGAGACCGAUUCCUCUGCCUUCAAGGUCUGCAUCCUUUCCGUUUGCCAUACCCUGUCUCUACUCUCACCAAAAAGCAGAACGAGGAAGCAGCAUAUAUCAAAUAUCAAGUAUGUGCCAGGAACCAUAAGUAUCUCAUUUAGUAUUUGAAACAACUUUGUAAAGUAUUACUAUUUAGUUUUAUAGAUGAUAAAACCAAGGCACAAAAGAUUAAAUCGUCUGCCUAGAAACACAUAGACUGUAAGUGGGAAAGCUAACACUGGACCCCAGAUCUGUAUGACUCCAAAUAUGCUUCAGAAAUAAAAAUAAAUGCAUUUUUUAUUUUAUUACCUGAUUUAUUCUGUAGCAAUUGCAUGUGUGCAUUUGACCUCUUAUAUGUGCAUGCAAUUAAGGCAUGGAUAUUAAAUUAGACUAGCAAUGAAAUGACUGAUUAUGUCCCUAAUUUGAUUCAAGACUGACAAAGAUUAAAUUAAUAUUCACCAAUAGUAGAAUCUAAAUGCUAGCAAAUUUCUGAUUCUCUCUUUGCAGAAUUAUCACUUAGAACUAACUUAAUUUAAGCCCUUGCCAUGAUUCUGUAGAAAAUCAUGGAUCUGCGGAGGUCUAUAGGUAUUUAGACUCUGCCUGACAUUGAUUUAGAAAUCAAAUACUGUAGCUUGAAAUAAUUUCAAGUUUCAGUUAAUACAGUCAAUUGGUGAUAUGUGCUCACUCACAAGCUGUUUGUAGUUAAUAAAAAAAAAGACUCCCUUUUUUUCCAAUAUUGUUAUUUUUAAAUGUCAAGAAUCAGAUGUCUGCUGUUUAGAACUAUUGUACCGCUGCCAGUGACUGUCUGUAUUAGGGUUGGGAGCAGGAACAUGGAUUUGAAGACAUUAAAACUGUUUAAUUCUCAGUUGAGAUGUGGUUGGCUCUUAUACAUUUGGAAUAAAGCAUUUAUGGCACAUCUCAGGGUUCCUCAAGAUGAAUGGUCAGGGUACACCCCUCGAGGUAAAGACGACGAAAUUCCAUGCCGAAGAAUGCGGAGCGGCAGUUAUAUCAAGGCCAUGGGGGAUGAAGACAGUGGUGACUCGGACACGAGUCCCAAGCCUUCCCCCAAAGUUGCUGCACGCAGAGAAAGCUAUCUCAAGGCUACUCAGCCAUCCCUUACGGAACUCACCACGCUCAAGAUCUCCAAUGAGCAUUCACCCAAACUCCAGAUCCGAAGUCAUAGCUACCUGAGGGCAGUGAGUGAAGUCUCCAUCAACCGAAGCCUCGAUGGCCUUGACCCUGCAGGCUUGCUCACGUCACCAAAGUUCCGCUCCAGGAAUGAGAGCUACAUGCGAGCCAUGAGCACCAUCAGCCAGGUGAGCGAGAUGGAAGUGAACGGGCAGUUUGAGUCCGUGUGCGAAUCCGUGUUCAGCGAGCUGGAGUCGCAGGCGGUGGAAGCGCUGGACCUGCCCAUGCCCGGCUGCUUCCGCAUGCGGAGCCACAGCUAUGUGCGGGCCAUCGAGAAGGGCUGCUCCCAGGACGACGAGUGCGUGUCCCUGAGGUCGUCCUCCCCACCGCGCACCACCACCACCGUGAGGACCAUCCAGAGCAGCACGGGUGUCAUAAAACUGAGUUCUGCAGUUGAAGUGUCAUCUUGCAUUACAACAUAUAAGAAGACACCACCUCCAGUCCCACCCAGAACUACCACGAAACCUUUCAUUUCUAUCACAGCCCAGAGUAGCACAGAGUCUGCCCAGGACGCCUACAUGGAUGGACAGGGCCAGCGCGGAGAUAUUGUCAGCCAGUCUGGACUCAGCAACUCCACGGAGAGCCUGGACAGUAUGAAGGCUCUGACAGCUGCCAUCGAAGCUGCCAACGCCCAGAUCCACGGCCCCGCAAGUCAACACAUGGGCAAUAACACUGCCACCGUCACCACCACGACCACCAUAGCCACGGUCACCACGGAGGACAGAAAGAAGGACCACUUUAAGAAAAAUCGAUGCCUGUCUAUCGGAAUACAGGUGGAUGAUGCUGAUGAACCUGACAAAACAGGGGAGAAUAAAGCGCCCAGUAAGUUCCAGUCCGUGGGAGUGCAAGUAGAGGAAGAGAAGUGCUUCCGCAGGUUCACUCGAUCCAACAGUGUGACGACAGCAGUACAGGCUGACCUGGACUUCCAUGAUAACCUGGAAAAUUCCAUGGAAUCUAUAGAGGACAAUUCGUGCCCUGGCCCAAUGGCCAGACAGUUCUCCCGGGACGUCAGCACCUCCACGGUCAGCAUUCAGGGCUCAGGAAACCAUUACCAUGCCUGCGCAGCCGACGAUGACUUUGACACCGAUUUUGACCCCUCUAUUCUGCCUCCUCCGGACCCCUGGAUUGACUCUAUCACAGAAGACCCUCUGGAGGCCGUGCAGAGGUCGGUGUGCCAUCGGGACGGCCACUGGUUCCUGAAGCUUCUCCAGGCAGAGCGAGACCGCAUGGAAGGGUGGUGCCAGCAGAUGGAGAGGGAAGAACGGGAAAACAACCUGCCGGAAGACAUUCUAGGGAAAAUCCGAACCGCAGUGGGCAGUGCCCAACUUCUCAUGGCCCAGAAAUUCUACCAGUUCAGAGAACUGUGUGAAGAAAACCUGAAUCCUAAUGCUCAUCCAAGGCCCACCUCCCAGGAUUUGGCCGGGUUUUGGGACAUGCUGCAGUUGUCCAUAGAAAAUAUUAGUAUGAAAUUUGAUGAACUUCAUCAGUUAAAGGCCAAUAAUUGGAAACAGAUGGAUCCCCUUGACAAGAAGGAGCGAAGGGCCCCUCCUCCAGUGCCAAAGAAGCCGGCGAAGGGCCCCGCGCCGCUGAUCCGGGAGCGCUCGCUGGAGAGCUCGCAGCGCCAGGAGGCCCGCAAGCGCCUGAUGGCCGCCAAGCGCGCCGCGUCCGUCCGCCAGAACUCGGCCACCGAGAGCGCCGAGAGCAUCGAGAUCUACAUCCCCGAGGCGCAGACCCGGCUCUGAGCCGCCGCGGCCAAGUACCCGCCCCGCCCCCCUCCGCCCCCGCCGCCCGCCGAGCCGCGCUCCCGCGCCGAGGCGCACCGUGGCGGCGCCGUCGUCCGUGUCGCCGGGCCGCCCGCCCCGCCCGCCCCGCAGCCCGGCCCGCCCGGCCGGCUUCCUCGCCGCGCUUCGCCCCAACUCACGCAGAAAAGCAACCCUUUACUUUCUGGGCAGAGCCAAACCCACCCGUGUAGAAAUGACACCUUUAGGUCACCCGCCAUCCUCAGUUCUCUCGAGCUAGUCUGUUCCUAGAGCUCAGCAAUAUACAACCAUAGGGUAUUUCAGAAAUCCAGUAUCACAGGGUGAUCCUUUGGGACUUAACCGUCUUCCACGUGAAAGAAACUAGGGCUCCCUUUAUUUCCCCUAAGUGGUUAUUCUUUUUAAAAGCAGAUGGAGCACUUUAUUUCCAACCUCAGAAAUCACACCAACUCACCAGAAUCAAUGAGGUGACAAAGAGAGAGGGGGGACCAAGUCUGGCCUGGGGGCGGGGGACCCGGAUGUGUAGCAGGGAAAGGAGGAGCAAACUCAGCGGGUGCCGGGGCACCUGCGCCGCUCACGGCUGCACAAACUGCCUCACUGUUAACUUCAUCAAUCACAGCUUCAAAUGUUUCAAUCAGCAGAAGAUUGUAAAUUCGAUCUUUCAGGGAAAUCAAUCUAUUCCGAAAGGCAAUAAAAUGAAAAAAGGCAAGGCCAAGGAAGCACUGAUGGUUUAAGAUAUAACAUAAGGGAUUUUUUUUUUUGUGCUCUUAUCGACAAUUUAGACCUGAAAUGCUUUAUCAACUUUUACUGUACUAUGUGUAUUAUAUCGUUGUUGUGGUGGUGGUCGUUACAGGGGACAGUGUUGGUUCUAUUAAUUUGUUAGUGUCCAUCCUGGUGGGCCUAGCCAAUGACACACAUGUAAGUACACGUCUGCUUAUGAGGCGCUGCAAAUGGCAGCAAGGCUGUUUUCAGAGAAGAGUGUGGGUUUUCCUACCAUCCCUUUGAAUGCUACACAUCCGUUUAUUUUAACCCAAGUCGUUCACAUUUCAGAUAUUUUCUCUCCUUUAGUCUCCUCUCACUACUAGACAGAAUCCAAUAGUACCUAGCAUAGGAUUCCUGUCCUAUGCCAAAUGGAUAAAAAUGAAUCUUCUACCCCAAUAGACAUGCUGCCUCACUCCCAAGAGCUGUCACUGUCAUCUUGAGGCUCUACAUAGUGAGAGAAGAAAUUUGACCUGCCAGGGUCAACCACCAUAAGGCAAGGAGAAAAGUCAUGAUUUAUAAACAACAAAAGAAAUCCAGGCUUUUGGCAGAGAUUGUUGAUUUACAUUUUGAGUCAUGAUUGAUGGGCAGUAUGCAUUGGUGUCUAGCCGAAGUUGUCUUUAAAUGCCCUUACUUGUAGCAGUUUAAACAUUUAGAAUGUGGCAAUCUUAAAGUAUCACUGGCAUUUUAUGUCCAGCUCACACCCUAAAGCAUUAGAAAUUACCAUUGAAAAGUGAGAGACUUUUAAAAACAUACAUCAAAUAUGCUUGCACCAGAGAAGCUUUUGUAAAAAAUACACUGUCAUAGCCAGGUGCUAAUUUAAUUUUAUUUAUGAAAUUAAGAGAGGUGAGGAGUUCUGGCGACAAAUAUUUUCACAAACAUAUUCUAAAACCACUAGAGAAUUCGCUACCUCUCAGAGCCAUUGAUGCUUUGAGCUAUCUUUAUAAACAGGGCACAAAUGUUUACUGCUGUGGUUUACAAGAAAAGGGCUACUAACUUAUUUUAAAACCAACCAAUCAACUUUUAACUAGGGUGAACAAAGCACCUUGAGUGCUUUGUAAAAUUGGAACAUACAGAGAUUUUGAGCUUCAAGUAUUUGCUAGUUUUAAAAAGAAUACACCUUUUCUUUACCUUAUAGAAGCAAUGAAAAGUCACAAGUCACACAAAGUUUGCAUUGAGUAAGGCCAACUGCCACUUGGGUAGCCUAUGGUCACAUUCAGUAGUGAGAAUGACUCAGAACUCCCAGAUUAACAGGAGGAAGCAGCAUUCAUUCCAAGAUCCAUCUUCAUAAUUACAGCUCCGUGCCCUGAGGUAGAGUUAAGAUUUGGAUUAAGAAAUAGAUUUCUAAUACGAUUCAAGAUCAUCCUACAAUAAUUUCUUUGGAAACUGUUUUAGCCCAGGAUAUUUUAAAGAGAAUCAAGAGAAGGCCUAUUUAUCUUGUCUAAGUGAACGGUAUUUGUAUAUUCAUAAGCUAUUUUUGGUAAGAAUUUUAAAUCUUUUAGCUCAACGCCUACAGGGCAUCAUGACCUUUGCCUUCCUUAAAAACACAGCUUAAAUUGUAUAAACACUUUAUAAAAGCUAAUUAUUGGUGUUAGAACAUGACCCCACACAAUGCUGCUUGACCCCUUAAACUGACAUUCAUGAGCAUAACCUUUGUUACAUUGUUCUUUUUGAUGUAAUUUGUAGAAAUGUUUUUUAGUUCAUAAUGGAAAAUGUAUGUACCCUGAAAAAUUACUUAUUUUGUUUAACUUUGGUAUAAAGGUGUUGGGCAUUUUCUUGGGGAGGGAGGGAUAACAAAAGAAGUUUGUCUCCCACAUCAAAAAACAUUCAAAGAAAUUAAGUAUUUAUUAUAUUUUUUGCAGAUGUUUCCAUACAAUUCACAUAACCUUUUUGUAAAGAGAGAUGAAGAAAUGGAUUAAAGAUUUUUAAUAUUUGAAAUGGUAAAUAGAACUAAUUUAUUUGUAAUAUAUUUCUGUUAUUUAUAGAUGUUUCCUUAAUGUUUGACUGUGCAUUACCACUUUAAUUUAAGCCUUAUCCUUGUGAAUUUACCAUUUCUUUUUUAAAACAUGUCUAGAUGCAUAUUUUAAAUAACUGGAAUGUAAAUCACUAGCAUAUCCGAGUUCCCAAAUGUAAUUUUUAAAAAUUAUUUUGGUUUGGAAAAUAAAAACGAUUCAUUUGAAAGCCUUCAGAUGGAGGGGUGGGGAACAUUUUUAUGGCUUUAUGAAUUGGAAUUUCAUAGGCUUAUUUACCUAGAUUGUGUGUGGACAAAAAAAAAUUGUAAAUAGAUGAAUGUUUCCCAUAAUGUAAAAAGAAGAAAUUAAUAAAAUAAUUAAUGCACUGCU